AUGGAAACCACCGCGAAUAACCAGACAGCGCCUCUGAAGGAAGAGGCUGACAUAAGCCCCGUGGAUGAAACUAUCCAAGUUCGAUCCAUGUGCAUGAAUUGUGAGCAAGAAGGAAUAAACAAAAUAGCAAAAUUGAACAUCCCGUAUUUCAAAAAUGUAUUAAUACAUUCAUUUGAGUGCGGAUUUUGCAACUACAGAAAUAAUGUUAUUCAAGAUUUAAAUACGAUAAAGGAUAAAGGAGUAAAAAUAAUUUUUAAAAUUAGCCAACGUGAGCAUAUGGAUAGACAACUGAUUAAGUCUGAGUAUGGAGUGUUGAAGAUUCCACAAAUUGACUUUGAGAUUCCGAAGGAAACACAAAAGGGGUCCAUCAAUACCAUCGAGGGUUUUCUGCAGACCGCCCUGAGCAACCUCACCGAGUAUCUCGGAAAUUUGAAGCGCAUGUACUGUGAGGCCAAUGGGCUCCCAGAAGGGGCAGCCAUCGAGGGGGCUCACUCGCAGUCAGGCCAAGGCCCCAAUGGGGAGCAUGGCUCAGAUGAUGCGCACAACGUGGAAGGAGAAAUUACCAGUAAGCGUGAACGUGGAGAAGGCGCUCGUGGAGAGGACGCACCAGCAACAGAACAAACUUGUCAGGAGGACAAACCUGCCGAUGCUAAUCAGCAGGGCCAACAAAUGACCAUAGAAAGUUACAUAAAGCUAAUCGAGUCCACAGUUCAUAAGCUGUCCAGCUAUGUGGUGUCGAAGGAACCGAUUUUCACUAUCGAAAUUGUUGACCCGUCAGGACUGAGCUCCCUGGAGCACUACGAUGAAGAUCUGCAAAAAGGCAUCGUCACGGUGGAGCAUUACAAACGAAGCAAACAGGAGUUAAACGAAAUGGGGUUUUAUGAAGAAGACUUUGAGGGUAAAAAUGAGGGGGUUAAUUUGGAGUCAAAUGGAGGCAAAGAAAAGGAGGACCAUGUAGUGGAAAAAGUUAAGAAGGAAAACUUCGAUUUUAUUAAGAAGUAUAUCCACAUGGAUGACGCUGCGGGUAGUGGUAUGAGUAGCAGAGUAAGUAGCAGCGUGAACGGCCACGCCGCCGUGCGGUAUGAAAACAUAAGCGAAGAGGAGGAGGGGAAGCUAAUAGAGUCGUUCACGUCUAAUUGCCCCUGCUGCAACUACAUGGGCGCCAACAAUUUCUGCGAAAUUAAUAUACCAGGUUUUAAGAAGUGCCUAAUUAUGUCCUAUGUGUGCGGGAACUGCAACUUCAAAACGAGCGAAAUUAAGAGCAGCGGGGAGAUCAAUCCCAAAGGGAAGAAAAUCACCCUCACUGUAAGAAGUAAAAGUGACUUAAAUCGAUUCGUAAUCAAGUCAGAAACGGCAUCUAUUCAUAUCCCCAUUGUGGAUCUCACGUCGGAUUACGGAACUCUCGGUGGUUCUCUCACCACCGUCGAGGGGCUGAUUCUGAAAAUAAUCGAGUCUUUGGAGGAUAAAUUUAAGUUCCUACUUGGGGAUUCUAGCACGAACACCCACGGGCACGACCAAGGGGGGUAUCAAACAAACGAUAAUGCACUUCCGACAAGCCAAAUAAACAAUGACGAAUCGAUCACAAGUAAAAUAAAAAGUCUAAUUGCGAAUUUGUACAAGUUGUGCAAAACGGAGGAAUUGUGCCCUUUCGAUAUUGUGAUUGACGAUAUUGCAUCGAACAGCUACAUAUCAAGUGAUGACAUUACACAUGAUGAAAAUUUAAAAGAAGAGGAAUACGAAAGAACGUUUGAGCAAAAUGACGUGCUAGGCCUCACAUCAAUGAACACGGAAAAUUACUGA